AGCAGAUUCUGGAAGUUAUACUUGAUAUUUACGUACUUAGCAAGCAUUCCGUUUUUAUGUUGAUAAAGUGUUCUGCUGAGUGUUUCUCAUAUUUGUUCAAUAUUUUCUCGUUGUCGGUUACGCUUUUGAUUUUGAGCUCAUACGAAAUCUGGGGAGUUGUCUGGCAUGGCGAAAUCCAGAAGAGCGUACUGUCGUUAUGUUUCUCGAAGUGCUCGAAUGACUGUUGCACCAUCAUCGAGAAAGAAAUGCAGGACGUUGAUUUUGAAGCUGCGCGAUGAUGUCACCGGAAGCCAGGCCGAGCACCAGUGCACCGAGAAAGUGGAAGACGCCAACAUCACGCCAACAAACCCAAUGCCACGCUUGAUGCCAGACGCACCGGCAAAGCCUGCCAAGCGGGCCCGGAUUGAAGAACGCCCGGUUCUGGAGAGCCCGACCACACGAUCUAUGACUUAUGCUGCCAGCCCCGUCGCGCGUAAUGAAUUCGAGCAAUUCAAGAAAGAAAUCCGAAAUGAACUACAGGAUGUGACGGACACGUUCGACGACAAGUUAAAAAAAUGGGCUAAUCAUAUUGUUAAGAAGAUUAAUAACAAUAAAUAGUGUGUUUCGCUGGCACAAAUUUGUCCGACUGAGUCAGCAUAGUCUCAGCAAUC